AUGAGCAGAAAAAAAAAUGAAAGAAGGAAAACUUUUGCAUCUCAUUCCCCAACUACCACCCAAUUCCAUCCAACUUCAUUGUCUCUUCUUAUAAGAAACUACACUACGAGAAGUAGUUUUCCAAUGAAAUUACAAAUAACAUUUCAGACACAAUUUGAUGAUAUGGAAAAUAUUUGUAAAAUGUCUCCAUCUUUUCUAUUUCCUACACAAAAAGCUCGAAAACUUCACAAUCGUUAGAUUCCCUUCUCUUUAUUUUACAACCAAGAACGAUGUUAGAUAUUUGUAGAUAAUCAUAAUUUUCUAUUUUCAUAUUA